CAGCGGGCACCAGCGGUGACAGCGGGCGAACCGACCGACCAAGAAACGAUCAUGUCUCUGUAUCGGAACUCCGCGUGGUUCCUGAAAGGGCUCACCGAAUUUACCAAGGGAGCGUAUGAGUCGGCGUCUAAGCACUUUGUGGAAAAAGAUGUUGAGGCGUCAAUGGCGGGCCGAUCCUUCAUGAUCACCGGCGCCAACAGCGGUAUCGGCAAAGCCGCAGCCAUGGCUCUGGCAAAGAAAGGUGGUACGAUCCACAUGGUGUGCAGAAACAAGGACAAAGCAGAGGAAGCCAGGGCUGAAAUUGUGAAGGAGUCUGGAAACAAAGAGAUCUAUGUGCAUAUCCUGGACCUGUCCGAGACUAAGAAGGUGUGGGAAUUUGCUGAAUCCUUCAAGAAAAAAUACAAAAUCCUCAACGUGCUGAUCAAUAAUGCAGGCUGCAUGAUGACUAACCGAGAGGUGAAUUCUGAAGGCUUGGAGAAGAGUUUUGCCAUUAACUCGCUUGCUAUGUAUAUUCUGAUUAAGAGUCUGAUCCCACUGAUGGAGAAGAGCCCUGACCCCAGAGUGAUCACAGUGACAUCAGGGGGAAUGUUGGUGCAGAAGCUGCGCACUGGAAACCUGCAGUCUCAGAGAGGCCGAUAUGACGGCACUAUGGUGUAUGCACAAAACAAGAGGCAACAGGUGGUCAUGACCGAACAGUUUGCUAAAGCUCACAGCAACAUCCACUUCUCAGUCAUGCACCCUGGCUGGGUGGACACACCAAUGAUCGCCAAUACGAUGCCAGACUUCCACAGCUCGAUGAAGGAGCGUCUGCGCUCCCCGGAGCAGGGGGCCGACACGCUGGUGUGGCUCGCCGUGUCCGAGGCCGCUGUCACCAAACCCAGCGGCAGAUUCUUCCAGGAUCGGAAGAUGGUAGGAGCCCAUCUGCCAUUAGCCUGGACACACAGUUCACAACUGGAAGAUCAGAAGUUUAUGAGUGUCAUGGAGGAGAUCGCAAAGAGCUUCCAACCUCACUGAACACUCAACACACAGGAAUAACCUAUACGUGUUCCAAAUAAUUAAGCGCACACACACACACAAACUUAUUUAAACAGGGCGAAAUGUUUCAAAUAUGCAUAACGCAUACAAAGAGAAGCUUUAUGCUCCUCUGAGACGUAUACAAGGUGCCAUAUAAAUAUCUUGUGCACACAUUUACCAGGAUAGCUUGAAAUAGAGAGAAAUGUUAAAACCUACUAAUACACCUGCAUCUCUCAUGUCUAAUGGAAAAGGAGUGAUUUUACAAAUCACUAAUAUCUUUAACGAUUAUUAAAUGUUAAGCUAAGAUUAGGAGUCCGUGUGACUGCAUGUCUGCUCAAAACAUCACAAACGUGUCUAAUGUUGCGCUUAAAUAAGUGUAUAAAUACAUGUAUAGACUGCUUUUACGUGUAUCCAUUCUCUCUGCACUUUCCAGGCCCUGUUGCUACAGAUGCAUACUUUUUCUGACUGUUCAUUGGUCAAAACAACGUGUCUCAUUUUAUCUGUCCAUGGUGCAUCUUCCCUUUGCUGUGGCAGUGACUCCAACAAAUCAGGUCGACCAGGUGGGAACCUGCUCUGACCAUAGUCACUGUAGCCGUCAAUCACCCACUCCUCCACCAAUCACCUGACUCAGGUGCGUUCUGUCUGCAAAGGGGCAGUGACUGGAUCUGCAGGGAUGUGAUUGGAUGUUUCCAUGGUGAUGCCUAACAUCCUAAAGUAAGAAGGUUUGCAUAGUGAUGUUUCACUGUUUUUAAUUUAAUUAGAAAGUAACAGUGGAUUGUCAUAGUGGUGAUGCUGCCCUAACUGUGUUCUAUGGAAUCUAUGUUUGUCUAAACUUAAUAAAUGCCUAUAUGAACAAAUG